AUGUCUAACCAGUUCCAAUUGCAGGAGAAAAUACAGGAAGCGCAGUUUGCAUCAAGUACACAACUAACUGCUUACUAUCGCGAAACGGAGGAAGAAUUACUAAAGGAAAAAGAAGUGGUAGAAGAGAAAAAAGGGAACUCGAUGCAGGAUUACAGCGGUAUUAAUUUAUUACAAGAACGCGCUGAAGACGAGCAGUGGGGAAUUACUGAUUUUUGUCUAUCCAAGUUGGUGGACGACGAAAACCAGUGCAAGACAUUUUGCGGUACACCCCUUUAUUUAGCCCCAGAAGUUGUACCGAGCUUCCCUCAUCAUCCCUACACGAAGGUGGUCGAUGUUUGGAGCUUAGGGGUGAUGCUGUUUCUCAUGCUGUCGGGUUAUCACCCCUUUGAUCAAUCAAGAAAUUUUACAGGCAAUCCGCUAUCCACAAGCGACUGCAUUGCUAGAGGUCCCGAUUGGUUGGAUGACAAAUGGGAAGCAGUUUCUCUGGAUAGCAAAACACUGAUCACUCGUUUGCUGCAAACGGAUCAAAACCAAAGACCAAAAAUAGAGGAUAUCUUGUCAUCCACAUGGAUGACUGAUGGCGAAGUCAUCACCAAGGUGAACGAAAUUCGCUGUGCGGCUACCAACACCAACAGUUAA